AUGGCCGACGUUCGUGCUCGACCGCCGCAGCAGCCCCAGCCCCGGCCUUCAAGCGCGACGGCGAGCACCGCUGCGGCCUGCGCCGGUGGCCUCGACGGCGAGCUGGGCGAGCAGGCGCGCGGCGGGCGCGGACGAGGUGGCGCGGCGAGCGGCGUGGCGGGCGGGCGGGGCGAGUGGCCGUGGCGAGCUGCGGGGCGCGCGGCGAGCAGAGGCGGCCAGACGGGCCGCUCGAUGCAGUGCAGGAGCUCCACGGCGACCGGAGCUCGUGACGGGGCUGCGGCUGCGGAGGUCUUCCUAGUGAGCGCGGCGGGCGGCGGAGAUCUCCCCGGUGCGCGGCGACGGGCGGCGGCAGCAGCAUGGCCAGUGACCCGAGGCCUCGCCGGCGAGGACGACGAAGGAGGCGGAGCCCUCGCCGUCGAGGACGGCAGCUCAUGGCGGCGCUCGGCUGGGUGGGGAUCUCGCUGUAGUUCCCGGUCGAGCGGCUCGUGUUGUGUCGCUGACUAG